UCCUUAGAAACCCUCUUUUUCUUUUUGCUCAUAUUUGCAAAAGGAUCUCUCAAUAGCCGCCAUGGCCUGGCUUAACCGAUUAGCCAUGACCGCAGCGCCAUCACUCCGUCGUGUUAGCCGAUUCUCCGACAGUCGAGGUUAUGGAUCAGCAGCGGCAGUCCAAUGCGACUAUGAUUAUUAUGAUGACUAUUAUUCAGAAGCCGUAGAAGACUACGGACAGCUUAAUCGGCUAAAGCCGAAUUUGGAGUCGGUGGCUGGGUCGGCUUCAGGGAGAGGAGUGCAGUGGGUGUUAAUAGGAGACCCAGGAGCUAAAAAGCAUGUUUACGCAGAGAAACUCUCGAAGCUUCUAGAAGUUCCUCACAUUUCCAUGGGUACCCUUCUUCGUCAAGAGCUUAACCUUAACUCUUCUGUUUAUAAACAGAUUGCAAAUGCGGUGAAUGAGGGAAAAUUAGUGCCUGAAGAUGUGAUUUUUGGGUUGUUAUCAAAAAGGCUUGAAGAGGGUUAUUAUAGAGGUGAAAAUGGGUUUAUUUUGGAUGGAAUUCCCCGAACGAGAAUUCAGGCUGAGAUUCUUGACCAAAUUGCGGAUAUUGAUCUAGUUGUUAAUUUUAAAUGCGGUGAAGGGAAUGUGGUGAAAAAGAAUCUUAUAAGUGCAGAAAAUUCUAGUUACUCUGUUGCUGAUGCGGGAAGUGUGUCAAAUGAAAAGUCCCGAAUAUACGCGCUGGAGGGAAAAGCGUUGGAAGGAUACUACAGGAAACAGCAGAAGCUUCUUGACUUUCAAGUGGCAGGUGGAUCUGGAGAAACAUGGCAAGGCUUGUUGGCUGCAUUACACCUCAAACACCUGAGUGCUGUUAGUUCUUCACCAAAACUGGCUGCUUGAUUUUUCUUCCGUGCAAACUGCUGACUGCUUCGGUUUCAUUCCCAAGCAGGCAUGGUAUAGUAAAUAUUUAUAAUGGGAGCACCGUACGAAUAUGUGUGGCGAUUGUCCAAUUGGAUUUUUGAAUCUUUCUUUUUGAAGUUUAGCUUAUCUAAGCAGUUGCAAUUUUGAGAAUGUAUGGUUGUAAGGUAAUUUUGGAGAGAGAUAUAAAACAAAGAACACCGGCAAGUGUAUUUUUGCGUCU